AUGACCGAGCCCGAUCUCCUUUCUUAUUACACAUCUGUCCAAGGAGAUGUCGUUGAAAUGAAACAAGAUUUCCGCACAAUGAAAAAGGAUUUCUUCAGACAUGUACGGGUGUUGAACGGGCUAGAUCUUGAAAUCAACACCGGGUUGCGGGAGAUCACGGCGGCUGUUAAAAACUGUGAUCUCAAAACUUCGCUCGACCGGGCUUCUAAGGCAGAUGUCAGCACCGACCUUGGCCCUGAAGCACAGAGCGGUAUUUAUAAGUGGAUACAGCUUACCGAAAGUUUGUUUAAUCAUGUAGAUGAGGCGGCCGCCGCCGUUCGAGAGGUGAAGUCGCUUCUUGAUCAUGCUCUAAAGGCUUGUAAGGAUAGUAUCCACCAGGGAAGCGCGGGUGGGAACUUGUGA